GUUCCCAACACUAGAUUCGAUACAAAUUUACGUCUCACAUAAUACUUUCAACUGGACCAUCUCUAACGACAACAAAAAGUAAAAAAAACGAAAAAUGUAAAUAUCGGACGCAAUUACGAAAAAGUGGCAUACAGAUGGGCUUGCCACCGCGCUCCCACCCAUCAUAUGGUGCCUCAGUGGAUUUGAGGGGGUACCACCCAUGACAGGUCGGACUACGGCCGGUUAAUCUCCCCAAAGAGCUGACGGACAGAAAAUGGACAUCAUCGUACUGUCGUCCGGCGACAGCGACGAGGAGUUUGAACCCAGCGUUCAAGGUAACCGCCAGUCGACGACCACACGAGAUCCUCGGCUACGCCCAGGAACGGCGUACGCCGAGAGAUCCACCCGGUCAUGCCCGACGGGUAGGCGCCAGCCAGGAGUCUCGGGAAGAGCGACCCCAUCCUCUCCCAGAUCCAGUGCUCGGACAUCAUCCCGCCGGGCAGCGUCGAACUGCGCCCCGGAAUCCAGUGACUCCGAGAACGAGUCGAUGCCGACGCCACCCCGAGCCGGGGGAGUUUCGCCGCACUACACGGACGCGGCCGGACAUCGGAUUUACCCGACUCACUACGAGCACUACCCGAGUCCAGCCGGGUCAACGGAGAGUAACAGGGAGUAUAACCCUUGCGGUCGCAGCGAGGACUACCGGGAUCAGCCGAACCCCUACCCCAGCGACGAGGAGGAAGAACGGGACGAGCAAUCCCCCUAUGUCGAGGAUGCGAGCGGCUCCGAUAACGCGGAGACACACUCGGUGAGCAGCCGGGAGGACGACGACGAUUCCAGGGAAGGUGCGGCGCACUACGUUUUCACGGGCGAGGACCGCUGCGGAUACCACCAGGGGUCCUGGAUCUACCUGAUGAGAACCAGCUGGGAGACGAUCCGGAUCGAAGCACCAUAUCGGCCACCUGAGGUACCCAUCGUGACCUUCCCACCGUCCCCCGUGCACCUGUGCAUCAUGGGGCCUGACGAGACCGAGGCAGCCGAAGAUCUCGGAUUCCCGACGGAUUGCCCCGUUGAGGUGACCUACUCGCAGGACGAAGAGAUGGGACCAGGGCCGUCCACCUCCCUCCCUCGCGGGCCGACUACCUCCCGUCCACCUCCCUCCCCCGCGGUCCGACUACAAAGCUUUUCAUCGGACCAUCCACCACCCUCUCGCCGGGCAAAGCCAUGGAGUGGGAGUCGGAACCCCGCGACGACGAGGAGAACACCGGGCAGCUUUUCCGACGGAAGGAGCCCACGCUCGCUCUAGCUCCGUGUCCACCACCGCCAAGGGAUACACUCUUCGACGUGGCGGCCCAGCCCACACUCCCCCUUGACGGACAGGGACCGGACACCGAGGCAGUCGUCUACGAUUUUCCCCUCCCCACAACAGCAGCCUCCACUCCCUCGGAUACCGCGAUGGGGAUGUCACCCACAACGCUAGACCUCCUGCUGGGACAGAUCUCACCAGACAUGGAGAGACUAUGCUGGGAGCCAUCACAAGAAUGGCUUUCGAACCCGGACGACAACCCGCAGGCCGCAACGGCAGCCCCAGAUCUGGAGCACUCGGCCGCCGAAAACCGU